AUGCUUGCAUGUCCAUAUGGUUUUAAUGUUGAUGCACAAGGUUGUCCAUAUUGUUCAUGUCGUACAACACCUAGAGUUUGUCUUGAAUCAAUAGUUGGUUAUAAUUGUGGCACUGUCGAUCAUCGUGAUUGUCCAAGUUCACAUGAAUGUCACUUGAGUUUUAGUAAUCUUUAUGGUCAAUGUUGUUUGAAAACUCCUAGUUCAACAACAGUUCGACCACCUACAAGUAAAAGUACUGUUCCUAUGACAACAGUUGCAACUGGUACCUCAACUCGUCGCCCAAUGGGUCGUUUGUUAGCAGAUAUAACACAACCAGCAAGUAGUUCACCAGUAUCAACUACGCCAUCGCCUACAACUACUGGUUCUGCCACUGGUACACCUACAAGCACACAACGUUGGUUUUUAUUUUGA